GCUCCGGGGAAGUCCCGGUGGGCGAGGCACCGCUGCGUCGCGUCCCGUUUCUCGGCAGCGGGGCUGGGUGGGGGAGAAGGUGCAACAGCCCGGGGGUUCAGAGCUCGCGCCCUGUGCCCCACCCAGGCUGCGGCCGCGCGGGGAGGAAGCGCGUAAAUGUUGAGUGCAAAGUUUCCCUUUCUGCUUUCUCGUCAGAACAGCCCCAGCCGGCGGUGGGCUACAAUGCCGAACUUCAGUUUGUAGGGGUCCGGAGUGAAAGGGGUUAAAACAAGCGACUCCUUCCCCAUUCCGCCCCCCCAAUCCCGCCGCCUCCUUCACAAGUCCAGCCCGCCUGCCAUGGGUUGCCGCGAUCACCUGUUCAAAGUGCUGGUGGUGGGCGACGCCGCGGUGGGCAAGACGUCGCUCGUGCAGCGAUACUCCCAGGACAGCUUCAGCAAACACUACAAGUCCACGGUGGGAGUGGAUUUUGCUCUGAAGGUUCUCCAGUGGUCUGACUCGGAGAUGGUGCGGCUCCAGCUGUGGGACAUCGCAGGGCAGGAACGCUUCACCUCCAUGACUCGACUGUACUAUCGGGAUGCCUCAGCCUGCGUUAUUAUGUUUGAUGUGACCAACGCCAUGACCUUCAGCAACAGCCAGAGAUGGAAACAGGACUUGGACAGCAAGCUCACGCUGCCUAAUGGAGAGCCCGUGCCCUGCCUGCUCUUGGCCAACAAAUGUGACCUGUCCCCUUGGGCAGUGAGCAGAGACCAAGUUGACCGUUUCAGUAAAGAGAAUGGUUUCACCGGUUGGACGGAAACAUCAGUCAAGGAGAACAAAAAUAUUAAUGAGGCCAUGCGAGUCCUAAUUGAAAAGAUGAUGAGCAAUUCCAGAGAAGAUAUGUCUUUAUCCACCCAAGGGGACUAUAUCAAUCUACAGACCAAGCCCUCCUCUAGCUGGGGCUGCUGCUAAUAGCGUCUGGCUUGUUUUCCCUCCUGCGUUUAGGAGGUCUUUUCAUCUCUUCCCUUCGUACGCCCACCCAGCAAUCUUAAUAAGUACAUUUGAACUGUCUCCUGCCAGCUGUCCAGGGAGGAGGACCGUCGUCACUAAGGAAAGACCUGGGACUCGUGUGUGUCUCCCAAGUUCUUACUUGCUGUCGGCUCCUGUGGCUCAGUGCCUUCUGUAUAAGAAAGAUCACCUUAUCCCUCAUUUUGUGAUCUAGGAUUUUGUGGGAAGCAUCAGAAGUCAGCACCUGUGUUUUAAGGAUCGUAAUUCUCACCUAUUUUUGUGUUUCUUUUUCCAUUUGAUGUAUGUGGAUAUGUCAGUCUGAUCUGACUUUGGAAUGCGAAGAAAAUGAGAGCAAAGGGCAUUUCCCAAAUUCAUCAUAAGUUAUUGCUUUCAGAUUCUUUCUGUCUUGGACUUUGAAUUGAAACCUGUGAUUCUGAGAAGGGCAAGGAGUGGGGCUGGAUAUCCGUGGGUUCUGGGUCACAGGAGGUAACCCAAAAGUCACUCUAUUUUUGAAGCUUCUAAAGUCAUAAUUGGCUUUCUCUUGUCUUGGGUUCAAGAAUAGUCAAGCUUUUUAAACUACCUGUUGUGUGUGAUGAGAGCCUUUCUUUCCUCAAAGAAGCAGUUGUCCCAUUAGGGUUUUCUAGUAUCUCCCUACCAGUGGGAUGGGAGCGGGUUCACAGGGUUUCUGGGUUGAUGUCUUGAUGCCUAAUGCUGCAGGUGACAUCGCUUGGCUGUGGUACCCUGAAAUUGGUCUGUUCCUUACAGCCCUGGGAGUCUGAAUGGAAGAGGGAGAGGUUAACAGAACAAAAUCCUAUGGGGCAACUUGCUUCUGAGCACUUUGGUGCCUAGCACUUACCAACCACAGGAAGCAAAUUUUAUGUACAGACCUUUGCCUGAGUGGGGAGAGUAGAGAGACAGAAAAUCAUUAAGUAAUUUAAGUGCUAAAUCGGGUAGGGUUUUUAGUAUCAAAUCACUUCUAGACAGCUUCAUUUGUUGAAUUCUCACAGGAUGGUGAUAUAUAACCUACCCAAAGUUAUGAAUAUUCUUCGUGAACUCCGAGACCUAGAGUUCUUUGAAAGACACUUUAAGUACGUGUCCUAAGAAAGGUUCCCAAAUCGAACUUAUCAGAACCUCCUGGGAAGUUUGUUAAAUUUUUUAAAACAAAAUGUGUACGUUUUAAGAUUUCUGGGUCUGAAACUCAAGCCUACCAAAUCAAAAUUUCCAGGGGUGUGGUACAGGAAUGUACUGUUGUUGUUUUUCAAAGCUACCCAGGUCAUUUGACCAGCCUGGUUUGGAAAACAUUGCUGGAGAAUUUGGUAAAGAUGCAGAGAUCCAGGCAUUCCCUAUGUAAAUGAUCUUGGGUUUCCCUAUGCGCUGUUUGCUCUCCAGGUGAUUUUGAUACACCCCAGACUUUGGAAACUACUCUCCCAAGAGAAUGAUCAGAGGCCAAAUGUCAGAAAUAGACAGGAGCCAGGCCUUCAAGGGUGGUUGGUUUGUCCGUUUUUAAUACCAGUUACUAACUUUUGCACAGUGUUUGAAGACCUUGAAGUUCUCUUUUGUGUUACCCUUUUCAAAUAGGUUUUUAUUACAACGAUUCUGAAAAUAAAGAGUGGAAUAGCAAAUUCCCUUUAUGUGAAAAGAAAAUGGAUUUUUAUUUACUGGUUUAAACCUCUGCAAAAGUCACAAAUAAAGGCAAAAUAAGUCUUGUA